AUGCCUCUCAUCAUCGUAACCGGCUUCCCCACCUCCGGCAAAUCCACGCGCGCAAAGCAGCUCUAUUCCUACCUCUCCGAACGCAUCGAGACUGCAACCGCCGGCGCAACAGCGCCCAAAUACCGCCUCCACCUCAUAUCCGAUCAAACCCUCUCCAUAUCCCGCACAGUCUACGAUCUCUCGGCGCUUCCAGCCCACACCCGCUCUGCCAAUGCCUCGGAAAAGGACGCGCGCGCCAGCAUCUACGGCGCCGUCAAGCGCGUCCUAAGCGACAAGGAUAUCGUGAUCCUCGACGGAUUGAACUACAUUAAAGGAUGGCGGUACCAAUUGCACUGCGAGUCCAAAGCAGUGCGAACGCCGAGUUGUGUACUGCAGAUUGGGUGCGGGAAGGAGAGGGCACAGGGGGUGAAUGAGGAGCGGUUGAGGAAACGAGACGAAGGUGCAGCGGCAGGGUUAGGCGAAGAAAAGGCCGAAGCAAAUGAGGACGAAGCACCGUACGAACUGGGUAAUUGGGAGAAUCUCGUAUUCCGCUUCGAAGAGCCAAACCCGAUGACGCGGUGGGACAGCCCGCUAUUCACGCUGAUAUGGGACGACGAUGAGGAGCAAACGCGGAAGGUGUUUAGUGAAUUGUGGGAUGCGGUGGCGGGUGAGGCACGGAAGGUGGUCAAGCCAAACCAGGCGACGGUGCAGCGGAGUCGCGAUGCCGGAGGGGAUUAUUUGUAUGUGAUGGAUAAGGAGACGCAGGGGAUUGUGAAGCGGAUAUUGGACCAGCAGUCGGAAGAUGGCGGGGAUGAGAUCACGAUACCCAAAGUUUUGGGGGAAGGAGGAGAGGAUUUGGUCGUGGAUCUGCCUGGUAAGAAGGUCGGACUGUCGCAGUUGCAGAGGCUGAGGAGGGCGUAUAUGGGGUUGAAUAGGGGUGGAAUUGGGCUUGAGCCGGUGGGAAACCUGUCUGGUCCUGCGAGGAUACGGGAGAGCUUUGUGAGGUACCUGAAUGAUGCGUUCGACAACGAUGGUUGA